GAGAGUGGCGACGGGCCGACGCUUUGACGUUUGAUGUGGACUCAAAAAGCCGUUUGUGUGCGGGGCACAAGGAGCCUUUGUGUGAAUGUGCUGCCGCUGCGUGUGACCCGCUCCGAACGGGCCGGGCCCGGAGAGCGAGCCGUCAUUAGCGAUGCAGAGUCAUGAGGCGCUGAUCCCUGCCCCUGACCGCCCGUCCACAGCGAGGACAACAUCCAUGCCAAGCUAAACGUGGAUGGGCGUGCUGGCUCGGAGAUAACAGCUGAAGACCCGGAACCGAAGAUGAACUGGGCGUCCUUCUACGCGGUGGUGAGCGGCGUGAACCGUCACUCCACUGGCAUCGGCCGCAUCUGGCUGUCGGUGCUCUUUAUCUUCCGAAUCCUAGUGCUGGUGGUGGCGGCCGAGAGCGUGUGGGGCGACGAGAAGUCGGGCUUCACAUGCAACACGCAGCAGCCCGGCUGCAACAGCGUCUGCUACGACCACUUCUUCCCCGUGUCCCACAUCCGCCUGUGGGCGCUGCAGCUCAUCCUGGUGUCCACGCCGGCGCUGCUGGUGGCCAUGCACGUGGCCCACCGCCGCCACGUCGACAAGAAGAUCCACAAGCUGGCGGGCCGCCUUGGGCCCAAGGAGCUGGAGCAGAUCAAGAGCCAGAAGAUGAAGAUCGUGGGCGCGCUGUGGUGGACCUACGUCAUCAGCCUGUUCUUCCGCAUCAUGCUGGAGGUCAUCUUCAUGUUCCUCUUCUACAUGAUCUACCCCGGCUACAAGAUGAUCCGCCUGGUCAAGUGCGACUCGUACCCCUGCCCCAACACGGUGGACUGCUUCGUGUCGCGGCCCACCGAGAAGACGGUGUUCACCGUGUUCAUGCUGGCCGUGUCGGGCGUCUGCAUCCUGCUGAACAUCGCCGAGGUCCUCUUCCUGGUGGCGAAGGCCUGCGGGAGGCAGCUCAGCAACACCAAGGACGGGGGCGGCCUCUGGGGCUGGCUGGCCCACAAGAUCUCCUACUAGCAGCACCCGCGGGACCAGGGCCAGACCUGGGACUGGACCAGAGAGGAGACCAUACUGGAUCAGACUAGACCAGAGAGGAGACCAGACUGGAUCAGACUAGACCAGAGUAGAGACCAGACUGGGUCAGACUAGACCAGAGAGGAGACCAUACUGGAUCAGACUAGACCAGAGACUAGACACUAAACCAGACCAGACCUGGGACUAGACCAGAGAAGAGACCAUACUGGAUCAGACUAGACCAGAGAGGAGACCAGACUGGAUCAGACUAGACCAGAGAGGAGACCAUACUAGAUCAGACUAGACCAGAGUAGAGACCAGACUGGGUCAGACUAGACCAGAGAGGAGACCAGACUGGAUCAGACUAGACCAGUGUAGAGACCAGACUGGAUCAGACUAGACCAGAGACUAGACACUAAACCAGACCAGACCUGGGACUAGACCAGAGUAGAGACCAGACUGGAUCAGAUUCGACCAGAGUAGAGACCAUACUGGAUCAGACUAGACCAGAGACUAGACACUAAACCAGACCAGACCAGGGACCAGAGCCGAGACUAAAGUCUAGAAACCAGAGACUAAAGACAAGAUAAGACCAGAGAUCAAAGUAGAGCAGUGACCAGAGUAGACCAGAGAUCACACUAGAGACUAAAGUCCAGAGACCAGAUCAGACUAGAGACCAGAUAAGACCAGAGACCAGACUAGACACUAAAGUCUAGAAACCAGAGACCAGAUAAGAAGAGAGACCACACAUGCACCUCCCCCCCCCCCACGACGCACACGGACAUCUCAGAGUCUUACGGAACUAACACGUUUAAUUAACCUCCUCUAAUUCAGCUUCAGUGAAGUUUCCUGCUGCGGACCCCCUGAUGAGAGGAUGAACGUCCAGAGACCCCUGGCGGUUAGCCCCUGAUGAGAGGAUGAACGGCCGGAGACCCCCGGAGGUUAGCCCCUGAUGAGAGGAUGAACGGCCAGAGACCCCCAGCGGUCAUACCCUUAAGACGGGCGAGACCGGACCCUUACCCGUCAGUUACAGCUGAUACAGGGACGGUCUGGGAGAGGGACUUGGGUCUCUGGGUCUGGUGUGAAAGUAUUUCUGAUGUACUGUACGGUUCCGCGAUACUGCAGGUGAGUGUACCCGGGUAACACCUGUAGUAGUAUUGGUAAUGGUUAUGGUAAAGGUACUGAUGUUUGCACAAUAUUGUUAGACUUGUUGCUCUUGUUAUUCUGUUGUCAAUUGUCAAUGACUGGUCAUGGUUAAACUAUAAUGACUUGUUAUUAUUAAUAAUUGUUUAUUAAUAUGUAUUAGCUUACAACGAAUGCAUUUGUCAGCCGUGAAAAAAAAAGACCAGGAGACAUGAUGAUGUAAUGAUGCGUUAAUAAUGAAUGCUUAUUAAUGUAUAUAUAAUGCAAAUGAAUUGAUAUUAUAUAUUUUUAUAACAUCUUAAAUCGUGUUCACCAUUCCACUUGAAUGUAGAGUUUAUUGUAUGCUAGUAAUAUUUAAAUGUAUUGCUAAUAGUGUAUUGCUAAGACUCUUUGAAUCCACACCCUCUACCCUCAUUUGCUUGAUUUAAUGUGUAAAUAUUCAUCGUGAAUGUUGACAAAGUCUUCAAUUAUUUCUUAAACACUUGAAUAAAAUAAUGUUUUUAAGUUUUCGGUCAAUGUCUUGGUUCUGCAAACACACAACGACGGCAAAAAGCUAAGUAUUUAAUGACGUGGUAUUUAUGAUUUAGAAUAAUUUAAAUGAUUUCCUGAAUAUAAUUAUGCUCCCCGGCUUAGAGUUUUGUGUAAGUUAAACCUGCUCUAUUUAAGUUUUACUAUUAGCGGCCUCUAGUGGCUCGAGUUGUAGCUAAAGUUACA